GGCAGUUGGCUGACCUCGUCAACCACCGCCACCCAGACAUGUUGUGAGCGGGUAGACUUGAGCAGCCGCCACCAGCACCGCCAUCGGCAUCUUGGUCCCAUUGAAGGGCUUUUGAUUCUCUGGCGUAUAUUGACUGUAUUAGAAAUGAAAGGUCUUAGUCCAGUCUUUGAAAUGGUCUCAGAGACUCGCCGGGAUCUCCGGACCAUGUUUGAAGAACCGCAGUGCCACUUAAAGAUCCAGAGCCAGGGAAUUCCAGAGGAGCUGAAAUGUCUCCAGCUCAUCAGCAGCCUGCAGGAGAACCCCAAACUGGAGGAACUGAUAAACAACCAGACCUGCCUCAAGCUCAUGAGCAGCAUCAAGUCCUACGUGGGCUCGGUGACUGAAAACCUUCUGCGCAGGAGUUUCCAGAAAGGUUUGACCAGUAACUCUGCCAGCAUGGAGGGGCAGCCACCGAUGACGCCCCCAUUCUCCCUCGGAGCCCAGCCCUCGGCCCACAUCACCCUCAUCCCCUACGGCUCAGCCAGUGUGGGCAACCUUAAGCACCUUGGGGAGCUGCCCCAGUCCUGCCGUUACCCCCUGUACAACUGGGAGUCUGGAGGCCUGCUCUCCCACCUGCGGAACGUCACCUUCAAGGCAGGUGUGCUGAGAAUCAGUCAAGGGGGCAAGUACUAUGUCUACUCUCAGGUCUACUUCCGCUACCCAGCUGAGGAGGGUGAAGGGGCCCAAGCCAUGAGCCAGCAGCUGGUGCAGUGCAUUAGCAGGCAGACUGCCUACCGCCAGCCCAUCCUGCUCCUUAAAGGGGUGGCCACCAAGUGCUGGGCCCCAGAGGCUGAGUAUGGCCUCCACACCAUCUAUCAGGGGGGCCUCUUUGAGCUGGAAGCUGGAGAUGAGCUCCUGGUAUCUGUCUCUUCCCUUGCUGUGGACGACACUGACGGCACCUCCAGUUACUUUGGGGCGUUCCGGUUGGCCGUGUAAGAAGCCAGGGGCCCCAAUCUGGGGAGUUUUAGGGGCCAGCUUUCCCUCUGAAGCUGACUCUGGACCCACUAAUGUGCUUGCGACAGCUGGCCUUCCUGAGGCCGGGCCCUGGGACGGGGUGGAAGACUUGGGAAGAUCUCAA